AUGCCCGCUCUGGAAUUGGGACAGUCCAUCCCGCCAGACACUGCUCAUGCAGUGAGCGUUCAGCUUCCUACGUGGAAGGCAAAUGUCGGCUACGAAGAGGGAGAAUCAUGGGUCGUCGAUAAGAUGACCACCGGUUACCCCAGGUGCAUUGUAGCCUUGGCUGAAGAUCUGAUUGCCCAACAUGGCCCUUCGGGUCAGAAAGCCAUGUUGUUUCCCACCCCUCGUAUUGCGAGAAGGUGCCUGGCCUUUGUAAAGAAACAUGCAGAUGCCUCGAUUUCUGCCGGUGCCACCGUCAUUGAUUUCGGGCUCGACAUGACCAAGGAUAUCUCACCGCUCCUGCGCUCCCUGUCACCCACUGUCUCUGCCGUGGUGUAUGCCCCCGAGGUAUUCCCCUUUGCCAAGCAGUACUGGCAGCAUACAGGAGACGGAAUCUCAAGCCGAAGAGCGGAGUUCUGCCAUGGUCUAUUGAAGGAGGGCCUCUUCGUUCCCGUGGCAAGGCCCAACUCCCCAGUGGGAAAAGCCCACAGAGGUCCGAAGAGAUACCAUCGCCCAUCUUCCAUCGACGACACCAAGACGGCUCACCACCCAGCAGCCAAGGUGAACCCCCAGAGUGCGUUUGAAACGCAAGAAAGCCUACGCUUUCUCGAGGAACGCUUUGGCCGUAACCUCGACCUGUCCCUCGUCGAGCGCGCCAGGUCGGCCAUUAAGCGUAGAAUUGCGGGCGCCAUGGCUGCCGACAUGGAGGCCAGCAUCAGCUCACUGCCUCCCAUGGGAGAAAACGCGAGAAACCAAAAGGACCUGCAAGAAAGCGACGUAUACUUGUUUCCAUGUGGCAUGAAUGCCAUCUACAACGCCCACCGGGCCAUGCUGCGCGCUAGGGGCGACCUCCAAUCUGUCAAUUUCGGCUUCCCCUACGUCGAUACGCUCAAGAUCCUACAGAAGUUUGGUCCCGGCUGUCUCUUCUAUGGGCGCGCUUCAGAGGAUGAUCUUGACGAUCUCGAAAAGCGCCUAGAGAGUGGCGAGCGCUUCCUGGCGCUCUUUUGUGAAUUUCCCGGCAAUCCUCUCCUAACUUGCCCCAACUUGGCGCGGAUCCGUACCCUCGCAGACAAGUACGAUUUCGGCGUCGUUGUGGACGAGACCAUCGGUAGCUUCAUCAACAUUGACGUGCUACAAUACGCAGACAUAGUCGUAAGCAGUCUGACCAAGAUAUUCUCGGGCGACUGCAACGUCAUGGGCGGCAGUGCCAUCCUUAAUCCAAGCGGCAAGUACUAUCAGGCCCUGAAGGGUGCUUGGAUCGAGGAUCUGGAAGAUACGUACUGGCCAGAGGACGUCGUUUUCAUGGAGCGUAACAGCCGCGACUUUGCAUCGCGUAUUGAGCGCAUCAACGAGAGUUCCGAGACAAUUUGCGACAUCCUCUCGGCCCAUCCGCUGGUAAAAUGUGUUUACUACCCGAGAGUAAAUCCGACGAGAACCAACUACGAUCUCUGCAAAUUGCCUGGUGGGGGUUAUGGCGGGCUUCUGUCGGUCACGUUUCACAAGACGGCCCACGCCAUUGCCUUCUUCGACGCCAUUGAGACGGCUAAGGGCCCAAGUCUGGGUACGAACUUUACUCUGACAUCGCCUUAUGUACUGCUGGCCCAUUACCAAGAGCUCGACUGGGCCGCUGGUCUGGGUGUUGAUCCGGACCUCAUCCGCGUCAGUGUCGGCCUGGAGGAGACGGAUGAGCUGCAAAAGAUUUUCACCAGUGCUCUUCGAGCAGUCGAAAAGUCACAAGAUGAUUGA